UGCUCUCCCCCAAUACGCAUAAACCCCCUUACCAUAUGUUUCCCUUCUCCCACUCUAUAUACCAACUUAUGCAACACUAACAAAAGCUAGCCCAAAAUUAACCAGCAGCCAUGGAUGACAUCUUGAACCAAAUCCAUCAUGCAUGCGAGCUAGCAAGGGAGCUAGAAACCAACCUCCCACACUUUGUGGACAAUCCCCCACUCAUAUUGAGAUCCUGCGAAGAGGUUUUUGGUGCCCUCAACAAAGCCAUCCAUGGGCUGCGAUCUCUAUAUGCACCACACUAUGGCACCCAGAUGUUCUCUGGGGAGCCGUCUGGGUCUUCUUCGGAUAUACGAGCCGGAGAAGGGAGCUCUCAUGGUGGUAGCUACAUGCAAGCAAUGAAUCUUCUCCAAGGGCCAUCGAUGGAAGAAGACAAUCCGCUCCCUGGACGUGGGCUGCCGGAGAACGAAACGGGCAUGCUGGAUCUCCGGCAGCUGGGCUUGGAAAUCCAAGGGAUGAUGGAGAUUGGCGGUGGCUCGGGCUGCAGUGGCGCCGCUGAGGCGAAUGUUGAGGGAUUUGGUAGAGGGGGAGGUGAGGCUCCGGCGGCGGCGAUGGAGGGCUCGUCGGGGUCCGGGAAAAGACCGGCCGGGCCAUUGACUCAGAGAUCGUCGAGGAGGAGGAGGGAUACCGACGGGACGAUCGUGAGGGUGCCGGCCCUCCGAACAGGAAACAUGGAGCUACCGCCGGACGAUGGAUACACGUGGAGGAAGUAUGGCCAGAAAGAGAUCCUGGGAUCCAGAUUUCCGAGGAGUUACUACCGGUGCACCCACAAGAGCUACUACGGUUGUGAGGCAAAGAAGCAAGUCCAGAGGCUCGACGAGGAUCCAUACACAUAUGAGAUCAAGUACUGUGGCAACCAUAGCUGCCAUACCUCCAUCACACCACUCCUCAUCUCCUCCAUGGCACCCACCACCACCACCAACACCAACAACCCACAAGGAGAAGCCCCGAUGCCGGAAGCUACCGCUCCGCCACCUUCUCCCCCACCAACUUCAACCCAGCUGGAGAUCUGGUUCUCUAGGGGGUUCGAACAUGGCCAAAGGGAAACCCUACCCCUUAUCGCUCCUCAUGGUGGGGAGGGUAGCAGCACCCAAGCUGGACCUUCUCAGAUGCAAGGUGGAAGGGAUGGAGACUGUCCGGUGGCAGACCUGGCGGAUGCUAUGUUCAAUUCAGGCAGCAGCGGGAGCAGCAUGGAUGCUAUCUUCUCAGAACCGAAGGAUGACAAUUGAAGAGAAAAAGAGAAAUAUAUGAAGCCAUUAGGACAUCUGUGCCAUUUUCUAACUGUUUUUGUAUUUCCAGGAUUGGAGAGUAUUAGGAGCAAGAUAGGAUUCGCAUGAUUCAUUUUUGGCCACCCUUCUGGCUUUGUAUUAAACUCGCAAGUGCAUGCCUUGGACAAAGAGGUGUGCUGCAUGUUAAUUACAUUACAACUUUGUACCUCCGGGUUAGAUAUUUGAACAGAGAAGUUGAGAUAUUGA